AUGGAGAUAUCAAAGAAUUUUGUCAAGUUGCAGCAAGAGGAAUUAAAUGUUGCAGAAAUCAUAGAGCUGGUGACUUUUCCUAAUUGUGGAGCAAUAUCUAACUUUAUUGGACUUACUCGAGAUAAUUUUGAAAAUAAAAAGGUAAUUAAGCUGGAAUAUGAAGCCUAUGAAUCGAUGGCUUUAAAAGAGAUGACUGAUAUUUGUAACAAAAUUCGUUUACAAUGGGAUGUAGAAGGCAUCGCUAUAUAUCAUCGUAUUGGAGAAGUACCGAUAUCCAAAGCAAGUGUUGUAAUAGCAGUUUCCUCUCCUCAUAGAGAGGAAUCACUAAGGGCAAUAGAAUAUGCUAUUAAUACAUUGAAAGCUACGGUGCCUAUUUGGAAAAAAGAAAUAUACGAAACAGGAGAACCACAAUGGAAGCAAAAUAAAGAGUCUUUGAAAAGGGAAGAUGUUCAGACUGCUGCAGAUAUAAAUGAAAAACCAAAUAAACAUGUUAUUGAUCAAAACCUUAUACAAAUUCGAGCGAAUUCGGAAGAACUGAAUCGUAGAAUAGAAUCGUUCAUCGAAAGAAAACGUCAACAAGUAAAUACUAUGAAUAUACAAGAAUUUUGUUGCCACAGUGAAAAAAAUUAUAAUGACGAAAAUUCUUGUGCAAGAGUAGAUGCCGUUCUUAUUCGACGCAAAGAUUCCAAAAGUCAUGUAAAAGUUCACAGAGUAUUAAACAUGUGUGGACCUCAAACUAUUGAUCAAUCAAUUUUACGCAAGUCAGUUACGAAUAAUACAAGCUUUAAUGUCUCGGACGGUUUUCCUAUAUUGGAUGACAGAAUUUCCGCAUCAGAACAUAUGAUAGGAAUUAAUAAACCAGUGCCUAAAGAUAUUUACGAAAGAUUGAAAAAUAUUGAAGACAGAAUAUUAUAUUUGGAAAGUAUAUCACCGGAAUAUAAGGAAUUUUGGGUAUAG